GUACCAUUCCCGAAUCAGGCACCAUGUUGUACGGCAGCCGCCUGCACGCCUUGGGGCUGCAGGGCGUACUGCGCCUCUGCUUUGCGUUUAGCAUCAUGAUCUUCGAGCAGCUUGCCCGUCUCAGCCUCAUGAUCGUGCCCAGCUUUGUCAUUAACCUGGUCCAGAACCUGGGCAAUUCUCUGCUUCCCGGCCCGCUCAAAGAGUGGCAAGUCCUGGAUGCGGAUACGUCCGACAACAGCAAUGUCAACGACCUGAACGCGGCUGGGCUGGCCGCCUAUCAUGGGUACGCCUGCGAGCAGCACAUUGCCAUUACUGACGAUGGCUUUAUCCUGGUCAUGCACCGCAUUUCCCAUGGCCUGAUGCAAUGCAGUGACGUGUGGCUCACAACCGAGCAUGCACUCGCCUUUCAGCUCACUGAUCAAGGCUAUGACGUUUGGCUCGGCAACGUACGCGGUAACAAGUACAGCAGCCGCCACCAGCGCCUCAAGCCUGCUGAUAUUGAGUUUUGGGACUUUUCCUUGGAUGAGAUGGCCAUGACCGAUUUGCCCACCAUGAUGACCAACAUUCUCGAGGUGACGGGUCAUGAGGGCUUGAGCUACGUAGCCUUUUCGCAGGGCACGGCGCUGGGAUUUGCCUGCUUCUCCGCCCUGCCCCAGGUGGCGCGCAAGGUCCGACUCUUUGUGGCUCUUUCGCCAGCCGCCAAAGCCAAUGGGCUACGUCAAGGCAUGCUGCAGACGGUGGUGCACAUUGCACCUCAGUCCAUCUACCUUUUGUUUGGCACUCGUGCUCUGAUGCCAUGGGUGCACUUUUGGCGGAGUCUCCUGAGUCGCGUGGCGUAUGCCCGCCUGAUUGACAUUGCAUGCCGCGUGCUGUUUGACUGGAAGCUUGACCAACUGGGUCCCAUUGAGCGCAAAGGCUGGCUUUAUUCGUAUCUCUUUUCCGUGACCUCGGUCAAGACAGUGGUGCAUUGGUUUCAAAUUGUAGCAUGCAACCGCUUCCAGCAGUUUGAUGAGCAGAUGAACCUGCAGCGUGCCUACCGCACCAUGCUGCCGGCGAGCUACGAGAUUGGGCAGAUUCGAUGUCCCAUGGCUCUUUUCUAUGGAACCGACGAUGAUUUGACGGACAUGAACUGGUUGCUGCGCCAACUUCCCAGCUCCUGGUGUGUGUGUGUGUGUGUGUGUGUGUGUGUGUGUGUGUGUGUGUGUGUGUGUGUUGGGCGCUUGCAGCUUGGCUCGAAGGAUCUGUGGGCAUCUCCAGCUUCUCACGUUCAAGUGCAUUGUUUCUUCAUCGUUAGCAAAACCUUUGCCGUGGAUCAUUAUGAGCAUCUCGAUACCAUCUGGGCCGAGUCAGCCAAGGAAAAGUCGUUAAACACAACAACAACAACAACAACAACAAGAUUCCUGUUCCUUGUGAUUACUAGUCUGCUUUUGGUUUCCCUCUGGCUCUGUUUGCCUCUUCCGUCCGUUCUUCUUUCGACUACCUACACAAUGGGCAAGCGUCGUCAACGCGUCAAGCACAUCAAGAUUAACCUCAACGAGGAGCUCGAACCCGUGGGCAAAGCCCCCCCGACUCCCUCGGAACGUCAAUGGACCCCCACUCUAUCCUUUGCGCAAAAGGUCAAGGCUGGGAAUCAUGGGACCGUUCAUCCCGGGCCAAUGGGGACAGUCCACCUGGCUGAUCCACAGGAGGCUCACACACAUUUCAUGAAAGCCAAGGGCAACGGUGCUACCCCUGCUCGGGCGCUCAUGUUUGGAUCGGAUGAAGGCGAGGAUCUGGAAUCGUUGGCCUCUCACUCCUCGUCCAAGGGGGAAGACGCCAUUUCGGCCCUCCACAGCCCAGCCUCCAGCCCCCUCUCUUCAGCUCAUUACUCGGACGCUGAGGAUGAGGAGCCCAUGUCGCCCAGUUUGGAAGUAUCCCACUUGAAUCAAGGGCCGGCACGUCUUUUUCCCACCCUUUCCAACGCCUCCAAAACGUCCAAGCCUCCGGGCCUGGGUGCCUUAUCGUCUGCAACCCCUGCCGGCCCGGCAACGUCUGUACCCACCACGCCCACGCCACGCCCUGCGCGCGACACGCUACAAACGAGGACUGAGUCCUCCUCCACUGUGGUUGCAGCAGACCAGGACGCUGGUUUUGUCUCCACACGCUCCACCAGCCAAUCUUCAGACGGCGAUACUGCAGCCACACCGCUGGCCCCGGUUGACCCAUUGCAAGACGCUGUGACAGCAGACGUGCCGCCGCGCGGCCUCGUCUUUGGCGGGUCAGACCCCUUGUUCUGUUUGCGCCUCGGUCUUACGGCAGAGCCGUUGCCUAGUGCAGAGGAGAGCAGAAGCGGGCCUGAAGGUCUGCUCGCGCUCCUCAUCCGUCGCACAGAACUGGUCGCCCAAACAGGUGUCAUUCUCCAUGCUCAAGCCCGCCACGCGGUCUUUGGCAGCAAUGACGUUGCAUCCUAA